AGGGAGUCCCUGUCUCAGGGCACGUGGGGCUCCGGCAGCCACGUUGUUAGACUCUGGCCAUGGGGCUGGAGUGCUCUGCACCCAGUGCUUGUGAGGCUGGAGCUGGGGUGAGGCUGGCUUGGUUACUCACGGGGCUCUGCUUGCCCACCCUCUGGGGUCCCCUCGAAGCCAUCCCCGCCCUCCAGAGUCUGCAGUGCCUUGUGUUCCGCCAUGUGCCUUACGCCAGUGUGUGGCAGGGGAGCGCUCCGCACAGGCGAGAGGAGCAGAGGCGGCGAAAGGCACGAAGGGAGGCGCUCGCUGCCGAGAUCUUGGACAAGCAUCCCCUGCAGAACAGGUGGGCUCUUUGGUUCUUCAAAAAUGACAAGAGCAAGACAUGGCAGGCGAACCUGCGCCUGGUUACCAAGUUCAGCACCGCGGAGGAUUUCUGGGCGCUGUACAGCCACAUCCAGCUGGCCAGCAAGCUGACAUCAGGCUGCGACUACUCCCUCUUCAAGGACGGGAUCGAGCCCAUGUGGGAAGACAACCGGAACAAGCGGGGCGGGCGCUGGCUCAUCACGCUGGCCAAGCAGCAGAGGCACACGGAGCUGGACCGCUUCUGGCUGGAGACGCUGCUGUGUCUGAUUGGCGAGACGUUCGGCCCAUACAGCGAGGACAUCUGCGGGGCCGUCAUCAACAUCCGGGCCAAGGGAGACAAGAUUGCUGUCUGGACCCGAGAGGCGGAGAACCGGGAUGGGGUCACCCACAUUGGACGGGUGUACAAGGAGCGCCUGGGGCUGUCCCACAAGGUGGUGAUCGGGUACCAGGCCCACGCAGACACGGCCACCAAGAGCGGCUCCCUCACCAAGAACAAGUUUGUGGUGUGAGCGCCGGGCUGGGCUCCUGGGACUGUGAUGGCAGCACCCUGCUGGGAUGUGGGGGGAGCGGGGUGUUGAG